AUGGGAGAGCCCAGUCAGCACUUGCCUGGUGCACACGUGGCAGCUCUCUAUGCCAGCACAAAUGAUGCUCGUUACCGCCGCGCUCGUCACUUGUCACUCACUUCCUGCCAGGUGCACUGGGGGCUCGCGGCCAGCCCUCCGCCACUCCGCACGGCGCCCUCCGUCCGUCCGCCCGCAGCAGCCAUGCGGCUCUUCUUCUGCUUCGUUCUGCUGUCGUGCUAUUCAGACAGCGGACUCGCCAUAGACUUGAUACAAGACAAGCUAACGGUCAUCAAAGGACCCAGGAAGACGGCUCGGAUCGCCUGUCGCCUGAGCGGCUCGGCCACCUACGUCCACUGGUAUCGGCAGAAGGACAGCGAGGCCCCGGAUCGCGUCCUCUACAUCCCCACGAGUGGGGGCAACCCGGUACGCGACGACCCGACGCUCCGGCAAAAGUUCAAUGCUGAGAAAAAUACCGACGAGUACACGUUAAUCAUCGAUAACACCCAAGUGGAAGACUCGGCGACAUAUUACUGUGCCGCAUGGGGGGGAGUGAAGGUCUUCGGCGCUGGGACCAAACUGAUCGUGUCUGAAACUCCAGCUAAACAGCCAGAUGUCAGCGUCUUCCGUGCCAGUAAAGAUCGGGUGGCAUGUGUGGCCUACGGUUUUUUCCCAGAUGUCAUUAAGUUUGAGUGGAAGAAAAAAGUAGGAGGCAAAACUAUAGACCUGCAAGGAGAGAAGGAUGAGCAGCUGGACCUGCCCAUCACCAAGAUCGAGGAUGGUAGCGACAAAUACUCGGCCACCAGCCUGCUCAUCUACAAAGGGGGAAACCCGAGCUUUAAGUUUGUGUGUGUGGUGAAUCACGAAGGCUUCACAAAUCCAGCAGAGUUCAUAGAAGCCAUUCCAGAUGGCCCGGCGACAUCCAGUGGACGUGUCCCUGCGGAGGGCGAUUUGGAGACGGACAACUGCAAGGCCCCCUAUGCUGAAGGUCUCGAUUUCCAGCCCUUCAACGUGGCCACCUUGUCCUACACGUUGUUCAUCCUGAAGAGCGUCGUGUACUGCGCCGUGGUGGUCUAUCUGACAUAUCAGAACAAAUCUGUGUGAGCACAAAGGUCAUGGAGAGAAGCGGGAUGAAGAGAAAGAGGAGGAAGAAGAGCAAACGUCUGCCACGCGUCUUUGUCAGCCUCGGUGGGUUUAAAACUCGUCACCGGGACGUCAGCGGCUUUCAUUGUCACUUCAGUCAUAAUAAAAUGAUAAUCCAGCAAUCGAACCGAAUAGCACAAAAUGUCUGCUCUGUGACGCUUUAGGGCCAUACGCGGGGCGGGGGUCUCCUUGUCACCUGCUGCAGGUCACCCACCGCUCCAGGGGCACUGCCUGGCUUUGAGUCGCUGUAACUUUUUGAGCUGUCAUUUUGUUUUGAAUUUAUUGUUAAAUAAAAUAACUUUAAGGUCC